ACUCUAGAAAUGUACAACAGACGACAGUUUGAGAAGGCAUAACGCAAUGUGUAAAUUCUUUCAAUUGUUUUAUUGAAUUGAAUGUGGGAAACUGUUCAUAACUAAAUAAUAAAUGGACCGAAGAAACCUAUAAAUACUGUAAUUGAUAAUCUUAUGGUAGUGGCAGGGUUGCAUUGCAAGGAUAAUAAAACAACAUGGAGGAUACUACAGAUGCCAAUAGAGACACAGAUGUGUCUUCAACUACUGCUGAUGUGCCUGAGAUACAGGAAAUUUCAGGAUCAAAUGGUAAUGUGGAGAUGGUUGUUACUAUUGAAAAGAUAGAGACACCAGAAGAAGAUGGAAACACAACUCCACCUCAGUCAUAUGCAGAAGGUCAGGAGACUGAUGCCACUACUAUGGUGUCAGUAGAACCUUCUGUGGUAGAGAAAUCCCCUAAUAGUAAGGAAUCACCUCACAAAAUAAAUUCCACUCAAAAAGAGGCUGUGACACCAAGAAAAGAAACUUCAUCUCCUAAAAUUACUGUUAAGUCACCCAUAACUAUAACUCCUACAAAAGAAACUGAUAGAAUUGAAGUUGUAACUCCAACUAAAACUACACCAAGGAAAGAAACUAUAAAAAUUGUUAUUAAUUCACCUAAAGAUGAGAAGAGCCAAACUCUUAAGACUCCAACAAAGGUGUCAGACCAAAUUGUUGAUUCCUCUUGUAAAGCAUUGUCUCCAUACAAGGAGCUGGAAAAAGUUAUAGACUUAAAGGAAACAUCAGGCAAGGAAUUUGGGAAUGAAGCACAGACUGUAGAAGAGCCACCUAUUGCUACCUCUUCUCAGGAUAUAGCUAUAUCCACAGACACUACAAACACAAAAGAAUUAAUUAAUUCUUGUGAGGUAACUGCCCCAAAUGAAAAUCAAAAAGAGGCUGUAUCCCUUAAACCUCCUAUAGACAUCUGUGAUAAAUCUAAUGACUCUCAGCUAGAUGCCAACUCCGAUGUAAGUGAAAAAGAGCAUAAUAAAAGCAUAAGUCGAGAACUCAAGUCUCUCAUUAAGUCUGCAAAAGAAUCAAAGAUAAUAAGUGAAUGUACUCAACUUACAAGUAAAACACGGAAGUCUAGAACACCUUUGGAGUUAAACACCUCUGUGGAAACAGAGAAAAUAACCCCUCGACGUAAUAGUAAUGCAUCAAUGAAAAGUAACCAUAGUGAAAAGUCAGAAAAAGCUGUUAAAAGAUCAAUGCGGUCACAGAACCCAGAAUUUGUGAAUAAGGUUAAGCAAUUUCUAAACUCUGUAGUUGGCAAAAACCAUGAUUCUGAUGAUGACCUGAAUGAGGCUAAGAAAGAGUUUAAUGAAAAAUCACCUUCUCCUAAAAAGAGGAGAAUUCCAGAAAGUCCACUUAUUAAAAGUGAUAAGAAGCUACGAACAGACCCAUACUGCUGGCGUUGCCAUUGGGCCAUAGAACUUGGCACAAAUGAGAAGACAAGGCCUCCAAUGCAAUGUACGGUUUGCCCACGGGUUUAUCACUACAAGUGUCUAUCAAGUAAUGAACGGAAAAAGAUUGAUAUGGAAAGGAGUUGGGUGUGUCCUGAAUGUUUGGCAAUAUUGUAUGCUGAGAGCUCUGAUACUAGAUCCAUAUCAUUGAAGCAUGUCUCCGUGAGCCAUUUGGGAGAACUCUUGCAACAUGCCCUCACUCGUAUGAUUGAGCUUAAUGGGGUGGAACCGUUCAUGCAGCCAGUCGAUAGAGCCCUAUUCCCGGACUACGACAAGUGUGUAGUACACCCGAUGGACUUAUCGCAAAUGCAGAGGAACAUUGUAAACGGACUUUACGGAAGUCCCGAGGCCUUUAUGUCGGACGCACAAUGGAUUCUUCACAACAGUAUUAUAUUUAACACAUUGCAAUCGAAGCUAACGCUAGCGGCGCGUGCGCUGGUGAGGCUCUGCCGCAGCGAGAUGGGCGAGAUCGAGGCCUGCCCCGAGUGCUACGCGGCCGCCCACAACCGGAGGCCCACCUGGUUCACCGACGUCUGCUCCAAACCGCACAUUCUGCUGUGGGCCAAGCUCAAAGGUUUCCCAUACUGGCCCGCAAAGGGGAUGUCCGUGACCGGGUCCGGCGUGGUGGACGUGAGAUUCUUCGGAGCCCACGACCGGGCCUGGGUGCCGGCCAAGGACUGCUUCCUGUACUCCGAGAAGGACCCCAACAAUGUCCGGUCCAAGAAGCAGAUCAUGGACAGUAUGCAGGAGGCCGAGCAGUACAUUCGGAACAUUUCGCGCAAAUAUGGCAAGUUUGUUUAUCCGCCCUUCAAGACGCCCUUCGAGCCCACCAAGAUCAACGAGCAGUUUAAAAUGAUGAUCCCGAGUUUCGAAGGAGAAUUGAGAUUUCAAAUCAAAGAUAAAUCUGGAACUGCGUCUCCGAAGAUUAAGGAAAAGAGACGAUCGAACUCUAAAAGCUCUGUUGUCGAUGGCGAGGCGAGUGAUAACGAAGAACAAGAUUCAUCGAAAGCCACUGAAUCAACGGAAGAGAAUAAACUUGAUGCUGUUGAAGUAGAAAAACCUAUGGACGUUGAAGAAAAUAAAGAUAAAGAGAAAAAAGUUUCGAGAAAGCGGCGUCGAUCCGAAGCAGAGGAUUAUGUCAUAAUAAACGAUAGUACUAAAGAGAAACGCAGCCGCAUUGAAAAAGAAGCGACCACACCCAAACAGCCCGAAAAACAAACGGACAAACAAAAAAAAGUCAUCGAAGUCAGAGCAAAGGGAGAAGAAAAUGAACCGGAAAAGGUAGAAGAGAAAAAGAAAGAAAAAAUCAAGCAGAAAGACGAAAAUAACGAAGUACCCAAUAGUACCAAUAGUACUAAGGAAAUUGUCGUUUCGGUUAACUCCCCCAAAACUCCGAAACCCAAAGCGAAGGACAAAUCGGACAAACCGAGAAGAACAAUCGAAAGGAGUGCAGAGAAAACAGAAGAGAGAAAAGAGAAAAGACUCUCGAGAGGGAAGUCUCUCAUCGUCAACAACGUGAGCGCCGACAAAGAUAAAACGGCGAGACCCAAAGUCAGAAAAGUUACGAAAAGCACAGACGUGGAGAUCCUGAUAAGCAAAAACAUGAUCAACAAGAAUUUGAACAAGAGUCUGGAGAAAUUCAAGCCCUCGAAGGAGCGCCUGCACUUCGACGACGACACCACCCUGGCCGUGCUGGCCCGGGAGGUCUCCAAGACCGGAAUGCCCACCAUCACCUCGGUCCGAAGUCUUUCGGAGAAGCGGCCGCGGCCGGGCCUCAUUGAGGUGUCGGUGGACGCCAAUUCCAACGCGAGCGUCCUCACGAGCGAGGAGAGCGCCCACUCAAAGGACGGCGACAAAUCGCCGAAGACCAGAGAGUCGGAGCCCCCCGUCGGCCGAGUGGGGGUUCGGGCCUUCGCCCGGAUGCAGGCGGAGAACGCCCCGAGUUCGGACAUCGAAAUCAAACCGGAGCCGAUAGACUUCGACACCGACCGGCAGAUGGAGAAGUUGGAGGUGAUGAACUCCUUCCGAUUGCAGCCCGUGAAUCCGCCGGCGACGAAACUUCGCGAAGUGCGUAUUAACAAGUUGGUGGUCACGCCGAUUAAUAGGAAGAAGCCGGAAAUUCGCGUGAAGGCGAAGAAGACGUUUCCCCAGGCGAAGAAACCGGAGGGGUCCGAGUUGAACAGCAAGAAUUCGAUGGUGUAUAUACCGAUUCAGCCGGCGAGUGGUCAGGCGCCGGUGAGACCCAACAGGCCUGUCGCUAAUGGAGUCCAGGUUCAGGUUUCCGCUAGUGUUGCCACCCCAACGACAACGAGUCCUCAAACCCCGUCGACCACGGCGACCGUGUCUCAGACCACGCCCACCUCCAUCAGCAUGGGCGCGGUGUCCAACAUGGCCAGUAUGGCCCAAGGCCCUAGCGUGCAUACGGUCCCGCUCAUCACCUCAGUCAACGGCCAGUGGGCGUUCAGCCUCCAACCCGUCAUGUCUGUCGGGGGAGUUGAUAGCUCGAAUGGUCCUUCGGUGAACGGGAUCGAGCGUGCGGGGACUUUGGUGGCCGUUCCUACUCCCGUCAGCGUCAGCUCGAUGGCCCAACUCAACCCACAGAGGAAAGACGACACACAGCUGCCACGGCUGCAGCACAAGCCAAUGUUGAAUCCCUUCGACACGAGCAACUCCAGGCCGGUGCCGGCGCCGUCCACCGUCGGACCUCUCACUGCGAAGCUCAACCAUAAUGCCUCCAAGCUGACGGAUUUCUUCCGCACCUUGAUGGAGGAGACCCUGGAGAAGGUGAACGAGCCGGCUGCCCACGUGACGUCAUUAAAGUUGCAGCUCGAGCAGCUGCAGUGGAAGCACAGGCAGGAGCUGGACGAGCUAAAGCAUAACCAUGAACUAGCCAUGGUGGAGAUGCGCACGUCUUUGGAGCGGGACAAGAACCGUGCGGUCAACGAGGAGAGGCGGACCAUGCACCUCAAUAUGGAGGCCGCGGUCAAAACCGCCAAGUCUAAGCAAUGGUGCGCCAACUGUUGCCAAGAGGCGCAGUUCUACUGUUGCUGGAACACCUCGUACUGCGACUACCCCUGCCAACGAGCGCAUUGGACCACGCACGCCGCACUUUGCACUCAGGCGCAGGACAGCAAUGGACCUGACAACUCAAAAGACAUUCAUGCGAGAUUGCAGCCAGCACCAGAGCGUUUGACGCCGAACAAAAACCCAUCGAAACCCACCCGAGUCUACACCAAGGAGAUGCCGAAGACUUCGCUUAUAGGUACACCAAUCAGCAUGGUUGAAGACAGCAGUGGAAAUCAAACUGUCAAAUGUGUGGGAACAUACAAACCCAACGCUCAAGCGCCGCCCGUCAUCAUUAACAAACAGUUGCACAGCAACGAGGAAGCGAAAAAAGUGACAACUUCCGGCGGAUAUUUGAUCGUGGGUGGGGGCAGCACCGUUUCUACACCGAGACGACCGACGAUACAGUACGUGCACACGUCUUAGGUUGUAAGCACCAGAUUAGAGGGCGGGAAGGCCGGUUUUUAUAUUAAGUUGAGGCGUUAUUAUUGGUAGAUCGUUUUACGUCUCGUAGUAAUUACGAACCCAAACAUACAUAUUAUGUGGGUAUCACAGAAAAGUUUACAAAUGAAGGUAGACAAUUUUUUUUUUACAAUUUUUUUGGUUAAAAUAUGUCCAAUAUGCUAUUUAUGUAUUUGUUGCGUUAUUAUUUUUAAACAACGUGACAAACACGGCAAGGGCGGAUCCAAGGCCAUGGGGGUCAUCAAACCCUUGGAGAUUGGAUCUUCUAAUUGGUCUCAAAUCAUUUUAUUAAUAGAAACUCCAUAAAAAUCAGUUUAAUUUUUCUCAACUUUCGUCUCUUUUUACCAAAUUGUGUUCAGGCGUUGAUGAAAUGUGACAAGUUUUGUUAGAAUUACCUAUUUAUUUAUGGUAUUUAACCAAUGGUAAACUUUGCUUUCUUGAUAUAUCUUCAAAAACUAUUAAAAUAAGUUUUGAUAGUACUGAAAAAAUGUAACAGUUACAAACUUCUGGCUGUUGAACCCAAAAGCUCAUGAACUCUUGUGUUAGCGUUAUUAUACAAAAUUUUAUGAUUAUAUAAAAUAUUUACGACUGGUAACAAUUACGAUUCGUAGUUUUAAAUUGGGCGUUGGCAAGUUUGUAAAUAUGAGGUUUACUGAAUUUACAAUUUUAAAUUAUAGAAGCAGUUUUUUACAAAUGAAUUUGCCGACUCUUGAAUAUCGUUUUAAUAAUUAACAUAACCAGAACUGUAUCUCUUGGUUUUUUUUUAAUAUAAAAUUUACAGGAACCGAGAACUCUUGUUAGCCAUAUUAGUGGUUAUAAAGUAGCAGGCAAGCUAAAUUUGUAAUUGAUAGAAAUGCGUUUCGAAAUGUUGCAAAUCUGUAGCUGAGUCAUGUGACAUUCAUGUAUAUAAUGUAAUUAUUAUGUAAUACAUAAUUGAAUAAUUAGGUUAUAUUAAAAGAUAUUGGUCGUGUGUUCGACCACCUUUGAGGUUGUCAGAACCCUGCGAACAGCAACAAUUGUGAAGAAUCCGGCUUAUUAAGUUCUGAAGAAGGCUGAUACUACUCUAUAAAAAGUUAUGGAGGCAUCUCAGGGGCGGAUCCUGGGGUCAUUGAUAUUUACUAAAACUGGAUUGAUAUAGGCCACAUGAGUUGCCAAACUAGGCCAAAAUAUUUGGUCUUCUCUUUGAAUCGCUUUAGACUUAUGGUGAAGAUCCGCCUUGGGUUACGGUUCCCUAUAAAAUAUUAUUGUUCGUGGGUACGUAGAAGUUGAUUAAAUCUCAAAUUAUAGUUAUAUGUUUAAGACUGCUAUUUUUAGGUUAUUUCCGAUUGUGGUUCGAUAACUAUUUUUAUUAUAAUUUUAAUAUUUACAAAAUCUAAAUUUUUGUUAUAUUAUCAUGUAAAUAUAAUUAAGUUUAGAUUUUAACUUCAUGAAAAUUGUGAACUCCUAAUUGUAUGGCAAUAUACUAGUACAAGUUAAUCAACAGCAAAAUGUUUACAAUGAAUGUAAGAUAUUGA